CUGUUAUUUAUUUCCCACUCUCCGACAACAAAGUUAACAAACCACCUGCGUACACAAAACAACCUUGCAUUGCGAGUUGGACUAUCGUUUCAUAUCAAGAACCUACUUUUUAUCUUUUCUUUUGUUUUCGGGUCACAGUAAAAACAUCGUAACCAUGUCGUGGCAGACUUACGUCGACGAUCACUUGAUGGGCGAGGUGGAAGGUGUUCAUCUCACCGCCGCCGCGAUCAUUGGCCUUGAUGGCAGCGUCUGGGCUCAGAGCACCGCCUUCCCCGCGUUCAAACCUGAGGAGGUGAGUAACAUUGUGAAGGACUUUGAUGAGCCUGGAUUCCUUGCCCCUACCGGACUCUUCCUUGGGGGCGCAAAGUAUAUGGUUAUUCAAGGAGAACCCGGCGCUGUAAUUCGUGGGAAGAAGGGUUCUGGAGGUAUAACUGUAAAGAAAACAGGGCAAGCUCUCAUUUUUGGCCUCUACGAGGAACCAAUGACUCCAGGACAGUGUAACAUGGUGGUCGAGAAGAUGGGAGACUACCUUAUCGACCAGGGCCUGUAGGUCGGUUUUUGCGCACAGGCUGUCGACAGAUUUUAUUAGUUCUCAGAGUGUUUGUCUUUGCAACCUUCUUCUACUUCGCAAAUGCCAAUGGAUGUGGCAAAGAAGGUUUUGCGGAAGCAAUAACUAUGAUGAUCGAGAUUGUUGUUUUUUUCUUUGUAGGAUUUUAGUUUUUUUUUUUUCCUCUUUCCUUGGAUUUUGAGUUAUACUAUGAGAUGGUGUGUUUCUUGUUAGUGAUGCUGUUGUGCAUCUGCUGAGCACUGGUGGCUGAGUGUGUGUGUGUGUUCUCAUUGCCAAUGUAUUUCUCUUCUCCAAUAUAUAUAAGUUUCAUUAUUUGUUGGACUUUUUACCAA